AUGGCUCCAGCUGCUGCCGGAGAAAGGUCAUUAAAAGAGACACCCACAUGGGCUGUUGCCAUUGCCUGUGCAGUUUUCAUACUUAUUUCUAUAAUUAUAGAACAAGCAAUUCAUGCUCUUGGGAAGUGGUUCCAGAAACGCAAUAAGAAAGCUAUGCUAGAAGCUUUGGAGAAAAUAAAAGCUGAGCUCAUGCUUUUGGGAUUCAUAUCUCUGCUGCUUACGGUGGGCACAAGAUAUCUUCCAAAAAUAUGCAUCCCAGAAAAGUAUGGUAAUACCAUGCUGCCAUGUGAGCUAGAGAGCAAGUAUAAAGAGGAUGGGGGCGGCAAGGAUGAUGGCAAAAACAAAGGAGGUGGAGAAGAUGGCGGUGAUGAUAAUGACAGACGACGAAAGUUACUUGAAUUUGCCGAAACCAUGAUAUGGCGUCGAGUUUUAGCCCCUAGUGGAGGAGAUUCCUCUGCUUGCUCAGAGGGUAAAGUGCCGCUGAUAUCUCCAUCUGGGAUGCACCAAUUGCACAUCUUCAUCUUUGUGCUUGCUGUUUUUCAUGUUGUGUACAGUGUCAUUACCAUGGCACUAGCGCAGGCCAAAAUGAACAAAUGGAAAGCUUGGGAAUCAGAGACAUCGUCCUUGGAAUAUCAAUUCACAAAUGACCCUUCAAGGUUCAGGUUCAUUCGACAAACUUCGUUUAUAAAGCGUCAUUCAGGCUUUUCUACAAUGCCUGGAAUAAGAUGGAUAGCACAUUUUGCUCCAAAUAGCAAAUUUGAUUUCCAUAAGUAUAUUAAGAGAUCCAUGGAAGAUGACUUCAAGGUCGUCGUGGGUAUUAGUAUACCACUAUGGAUUUUUGCCGUGGUGUUUCUGGUUCUAAAUGUUCACAAAUGGCACACGUUCACUUGGUUGUCAUUGGCGCCACUCGUUAUUCUUCUUUUAGUGGGUACAAAGCUUGAGCUUAUCAUCAUGGAGAUGGCUCAAGAAAUGCACGAUCGAACUACAGUGGUUAAAGGCACUCCCGUUGUAGAGCCAAGCAACAAGUUUUUUUGGUUUAAUCGCCCUGAGUGGAUUCUCCUCUUAAUUCAUUUCACAUUAUUCCAGAACGCUUUUCAAAUGGCGUAUUUCUUAUGGACAUCUGUAAUUGGAAUUUGGGUUGACAUCAUGCUUCCACGAAAAAUUGCCUCUGAUACUGACAAGGGUUUUCCUUGGGGUAGCCCUACAGAUCCUAUGCAGUUACAUUACCUUCCCUCUUUAUGCUUUGAUUACACAAGUGUAGAAAUCUGUAGGGUUCUCGCCUGCGGGGGAGGAAUCGAGGUUGGGGUGGGAGGUGGGGGUGGCUACAGGCAUAGGCGGAGCCAAUUGAGGCCCACAAGGAUGGGAUCUCACAUGAAGAAAGCAAUUUUCGAGGAGCAAACGGCAAAAGCUCUUAAGAAUUGGCAGAAGGCUGCAAAGCAGAGAAAGAAGUUGAGGAAAGCUACAGGCGAUGCUUCUUCCUCAGGCUUUGUAAGUGGGGAAAAUACACCAAGCCAGGGUUCAUCCCCACUGCAUCUACUUCACAACCAAAAGCACAGGUCCAAUCAAUCUGACCUCGAAAGCGUCCUUAAUUCCCCAAGAUCGGUAUCUUAUCAAUCUGACACCGAUCUCUCGGAGAUGGAGGGCUCCGCACAUGAUGGGAAUGGUAUGAGAAGAUCAGAAGAUCAACCUACAGCAUUAGGGAAAGAAGGAUCGCAUAGUGUUGAUUUUUCAUUUGAUAAGCCUUGA